AUGGGAACACGUUUUUUUUUGCAUAUUAACCAAAAGGUGAGAAUCAAUAAAUACAAUACGAUGACGAACACAAAAAGAGGCAGACGGUGGGAAAAAAGAACAAAAAAAAAGAAAAUGAAGAAAAAGCUGGGCACAGACAGUAAAAACAUAGUACCUCAACCAGAAGACAUGUGAAAAAACAAAGACAUUUUUUUCAACAAAAAAAAAUUAAAAGACGGAAAAAAUCUAGAUCAUUGAAUUUAUGUUUGUAUAAAGUAUCAGGCGAUGAUGAAAAAACGGUAGUGAGCAAACUUCAGAUUUUUUUUGGGUUGCUUCUAGACAUCAAAAAUAGAUUUUUGUUUCAGGAAGAUGGUGGUAGUUAUUCUGGAGAAGUUAUUCAAAGAAUGGGCGGAGUUGCGAGAAAUCAUGCGGAUGCGAUUGCGAGAUUGGGAUGUGAUUCGAUUUUUUUGUCAGCAGUUGGCAACGAUCCAAAUGCGGACUUUUUUCAUAGAGAGUGUCAACAUUUUGUGAGUUUAAAAAACAAAAAUUUUGUGAACGAUAAGCUACUAGGAAAAAAAUUAAAGGCCAAAUACUGGAUUUUUUAAUGGAUCAAGUGGUUUGAGAUGAAAAAACUGACAAAUUUCUGGACAUCUCUCGCCCAGAUGUGUUUGAAAAAUAUCGAAAACAACUGUCACACCCUAAAAAGAAGGAAACCACACAGAAAUGGGCGGAGCUAUAUUUGGAACCUUGUGAUUUUCACGAGAGAAUUUGUGGUAGAGAAAAUCCAUAAAAAAUUGAAGUAUUUGAAACUGAUUAGGCUGCUUCCAUUAAGCGAAUCUCUGAAAAAAAGUAUCAAAAAAUGCAGAACUUUUUCUGAACCCUAUGAUUUCCAAAAAUAUUUCUGGUAGAAAAAAAUCAAAGAAAAAUCGGAAAUGAAAAGCCAGAACUAAAAAUAAUAUAAAAAAUAAACAAAGGUUUAUUUUUUGUGAAAUUCAAAACCUUCAGGAUAUUUCGCGUGUUCAAAAAAUCGAAAAUUCUCCAACAUGCACAUAUCUUUCGAUGAACUUUCACGGAAAUGUCAAAUAUGGAAUUACUACUUGUGAACCGCUUCUUCAAAAAAUCGAAACAGACUUGGUAAGAAUCAUCAAAACAACAAACAAUAUCUAGAGCUAAAGUAGACUUUUUUUUUCAUUUUUAGAUAAUGAAAAAUCAAGAUGCUAUUCAAAAUGCCGAAUAUGUUUUGAUUGAUGGAAAUUUGCCAGUUGAUGUGGUAUCAAAAGCAAUGGAAAUUUGUUCCAAAUUUGAAAAACGAGUCUGGUUUGAGCCAACGGAUAUCAAAAAAGUUGGAAAGAUUUUUGCGUCAGGACAAGUUGAUUUGAUUCACGCAGCAUCGCCAAAUGCUAACGAAUUUUUGGAAUGGGCUAGAUAUUGCGGAGUUUCAGUUGGAGGUUGGUGAAAAGUGAUCUAUAUCAAAAUACAUUACUUGAAGUGAAGCUCAAUAACUCUAGUUCAUGAAAACUAACUUUAGAAACUAUCAGGUUUUCUCAAUUUCUCAGGUUCAAAUUACCAAUUUUCAAAAUAAUGAAAAAAUUUUCGAUAAAUAUAAAUUAACUGUUUUAGAGCCAAAGUAAAGAAAACGCGUAAAAUCUACGAAAUACUUCAACGGUUCCGGUUGUGAGCAAGCUUUUUUCAGUAAUACAAUUAUCUGACUUUCAAAAAAAUAAAAGAAAAGUUCGAAAAUCUUGUAACUUUUGAAAUGAAAUGUUCAAAAACAUUAAUGGGCUGUAAAUCACAUGUUCACGGGGAAAGAAACAGAAUAUCGAAAUGAAACUUGCGCGGGCACAUUUUUCAACUUUUUUUCUAAUACGAAACAAAAAAGUUGCAGCUGAGGCAAUCGCCACACCGAACAAUGUUUUGGAAGUGGUCAAGCAAAAAGGAGAUCGAUUGUUUUUACCAAAUAUGGAAAUUUUGGUAGUUUCACUUGCACAAAAUGGAACUGCAGUUAUUUACAGGUUUGUCAAAUUUUUACUAUUCCGAAAACAAUGUGAGAAAAUCUACUAAACUUCAAAGAAGAUUGAAAAAUAAUAUGUGUACUUUGAGACUUAUAAUGCACGUGAAAAUGAAAUUUGUGUACUUUUUUGCACAAAACCAGUGGGUGGUUUGUAGAGAUGAUUUCAUUUCAUUUUAUGUGAUUUUUUGGAUGAAACCUGUAAUUACAGUAUCUCACCAUAAAAAUCUCAUUUUCAAUUUGAACCAUUACAAAAACAUCGAAUAAAAUUUACAACCUUCAGGAAAAUAAAAAAAUUAUGUAUUUCUCAAAAAAAAAUCGAGGGUCUAAAAUUGUCAGUUUCGAACAGAAAGAACAAAAGAGAUUUUCUGGGCGCGAGUGGAAAAAUAAAAACAAAACAACAACAAAAACAAUUUGGGCCAAGAAAAAAACACAGACAACAAAAAUAUAUUUAAAAUUCCUCAUGUAGUUUUUGUGUGUGUGUCUGUUUGUCUAAACCUCUCCAUCUCAUUUCGCUCUCGCCUGCAGCAAAAAAAGAAGAAAUUUCUAUUUUUUUCUCAUCGAAAGUGUGUUUGACAUACACACACGUUGAUAUAACAGCCGCCAUAGCUCAGUCGGUUAGAGCGUGGGUCUAAUAAGCCCAAGGUCGCAGGUUCGACCCCUGCUGGCGGCAAAUAUUUUUGCAAUUUUUAAGUUCAAUUCUCAAUUUUUCCAGAGAUGCUCAAAAUCACGUUCAAUAUUUGACUCUUCCGCCAGCUAUUAAUCCAAGCGAAGUUGUCUCAGUUUCCGGAGCUGGAGAUAGCUUCAACAGUGGCUUUAUCGCUGGAAUUGUUCAUGGAAAAUCUUUGGAUGAUUCUUUGAAGAUUGCUCAAAAAUGUGCUAACCUAACUCUUCAAUCCACUCUUGCCGUUUCGGACAAAAUCAACACUUCACUCUUGAUCUAA